CUCCUCCUCCUCCUCCUCCUCCCAAUACCCUGAAGGGAAACGGGACUACAACCGGCUGGUUUGCCUUUCCGUCUCUCCCUUCAGCGCUCUGGUGUCCCUGCUCCCCACUCCCUGGCUGCUCGACAUGGCUUGCCCGGUCGGGGUACCCAGCCAGCCGCGGCCAUCCCCGUCGCUGCUGAUGCUGCUCGCUUCGUUAAUCGCCAUGCUGGCCAUCGGUCCGGCCCUUGCCAUGGAGGCUAGCUCAUCCGCUGCCUCGCAGCCUGCCUCCGGCUCAACCCCAUCCGCCUCCUCCGCCUCCUCCUCCGAUGGAUCCACCGAGGAGGACCCCUCCCAGGCAUUGGCCUUCGCCUUCCUGACCAAUGCCGCAAUCGCUUUGGUGAUUGCCACGGCUUGGCUGCUGCUUCGGCCCUACUGGUCGGCGGUCUUCACGCCGAAUGUGGCCGAGGAACAGAACCGCGGGAUCCCAGAUCCGAUUUCCGCGCCGGUUGGCUUCUUCGGCUGGGUGCGGCCCGUCCUGACAACCCCUCUCGCAUGGUACCGGCGUCGACGCGGCCUCGACACCUACCUGUACAUGGACUGGGUGCACGACUGUGCCCUGCUCUUUGGGGGACUGCUGCUCUAUUCUCUCAUCGUCACUAUGCCGAUCAAUUCGGCCGGCACCAACAAGUCUCUCCCCGAAAAUGAUCCCUUUCAUGUGUCUGGCCUGGACAUCGUAUCCAUGGCCAACAUUCCUUACGGCUCGAGUUUACUAUGGGCUCACAUUGUCUCGCUGCUGCUGCUAACCGUGGCCCUGGUCUUUUGGGCCUACCGGCGGUACUUGCACUAUCACGUCCUGCGGAAGGCCUAUCUCGCUCGCGGGGAUGGCCAUCCGCCCGGGACACCCGAGUACAUCGAUGCCACGCCGACUCGGUCGCUCUUUGCCCAGCGGGUGGCCGUGCCGGCCGCCGCGCGGGACAUGUCCAUCACGGCGCAGCGGGCCCUGCUGCGGGAUGCCUUCGCCGAUUUGCUGAUGCGCCGGCUGACUCCCGAAUCGCCGGGCGACCUGGAGGCCGGCCAUGGGGAUGGUCCCCUUCUGAAGGUGUCGCCGGAUGAUGUGCGCGCCGUGGCCCUGCCUCGCCAUGACCCGCGGCUGGAGGCCCUCCGCCGGGAUGAGCAGUUCUUGGUGAAUCGCCUCCGCCGGGUGGUAGACCGUAAUGCCCGGCGUCUGGCCCACCAUUUGGGCCAGUCACACUCCAUCGACCGCGCCGAGGUCACCCCCUUGGGGGAGCCCCACGGCUCGGCCAUGACACCGGCCGAGUUGACAGCCGCCCACUUGGCACGCGUGCAAGCCGGCCUGUCAUCCGGGGCCCCGCGUGUCCAACACAGGACCGGCUUCCUGGGCAUCUUCGGCCAGAAGGUGGACAGCGAAUCGAACCUGCGCGUGCGGCUGCUGUCCGUGCAGUUGGCCAUCGCCAAGCGCCAGGCACGCCCUCAAUGCCGGCCGCUCGGGUGUGCCAUGUUCGUGCUGAGCUCUCGGGCGCUGGCCGAUGCCAUCCUCGACCGGCAGAAUGCCCUGCGGGUGAUGGCCACCAGCCUGCUGACUGCCACCGCCGGCGGUAACACCCUGCCCUCUGGGGCCCUGACAUUGCACUUCACCCCGGCCAUGAUGGAACGGGCGCGGCAGCGGGAUCUCCGGGCACGGGCCCGUGCGGCCGCCGCCCAGCAUGCUCUGGACGAGGCGUUGAGUGCCCUGCGUGCUGCCGGGCAUCUGGAUGCCGAUCUGCGCGCUUGGCUGGCCAUCGACGCCGAGGACUCCAUCCUGGACGAGCCGGAUGCCAUUGAGCCCGGUGCUGACGGCGAUGUGCAGCAUGCCGGGCCUCCGGCCGUGACGGCCGCCGGCCCCACUCCCGGCGGGCUGACCAAGGGUGCUGGCAGCUUCGCCGAUCCCCAGGACACGGGUGCGGACAUUCGUGAGGGCAUCCGCGGGUAUCUGUCCCCCCGGGGAGUCCCUGGCGGCGGUGGCUUCGAUGCCAGUCUGUUGGAGAUGGACAUUGCGGCCAAUCCCGAUGACCUGGCCGAAAUGGCUGGCAGCCUGUGCGACCCGCUGGAUGCCAGCGACUCGGAUGCCGAUGGUCUGCCGGCUGGCAGCGAGGCCAAGAGCCCGGCACCGCGUCUGGGCUCGGCCGGGACUGCUGGCUCGGCCAUCGAGCUGGCUAGCAUUCGCCUGGAGCCCCUUGACCAGGCGCCUGGCAGUGGCACCGUCGAGCAGGAGGCCCCCUCGCCGCCGAUGGGCCCGACCGAUGCACGCACUGCUCGGACCCGUGUCACCCUGACCGGGGGCCCGGAUCGCACGGACCUGGAUUGGCGGUCGCUGGCGUACGGCAACCUGGCCCUGAUGGUUCGGCGCAUCCUCUCGCUCGGGGUGUUUGUCUUCCUGAUCCUCUUUUGGGCCAUCCCGGUGGCCUUUGUCCAGAGUCUUGGGCACUUGCGCAGCUUGUCGCAGUCCUCCCCGGCCCUGGCGUGGAUCGGCGAUCUCCUGGACCUGCUCGGGCCCAACAUCGAGUCACUGCUCAACAACUACCUCCCCUCGCUGCUGCUCGUGAUCCUCAUGUCGCUGGUCGUGCCGUUGAUGUCCUUCUUGAUCGAGCGCGAGGCUCAUCCCACCCGCACCCGGUCCGACCGCCAUAUGUUUGACCGAUUCCUCACCUUCCUGGUGAUCAAUGUCUUUUUGGUGUCGACAUUGGCCGGGUCCCUGCUGGCCCGCCUGGAGGAGAUCUUCGACGGAGAUGUGUCGCUAAUUUUGCUGCUGGCGCAGAGUCUCCCGAGCCAGGGCAUGUUCUUUAUCGAGUAUUGCCUGGUGAAGUUCUCCUUCCUGAGCUUGGAGCUGCUGCAGCCGGGAUACAUGUUCCUUGUGCUCUUCAAUCAGAUCUUCCUCGGGGGCUUCAACGACCCGAAGCGGGAGUUCCUCUUUGCCGCUCGCUAUGCGUGGGACUCUUUGAUCAUCGUCAUUUCGCUGGUCUUCUCGCUGAUGUACCCGAUGAUCCUGUGCUUUGCCUUCGCAUACUUCGCAUUUUCGGCCCUGGUCCACCGGUACAACUUCAUCUAUGUCCACCGGAACCCGGCGCAACUUGGAGGCCGUCUGUGGCCGCGUACGCACCGCUCCGGCGCCGUGGCCCUGGCUCUCUGGCAAUUGACCAUGCUUGGUGUAUUUGCGCUGAACGGAUCGGCCGGCCGCGGGCCGGCCAUCUUGACGGCCGUCAUCAUGACCCUCUCCGGGCUGACGAUGUGGCUCAUCCCGCCGCUGACCCGGCGCCUGGUGGGCCUGGUGGAGGCCCGGCGCCAGGAAACCGGCCGGCGGUCCCUGUCGCAAUGGGCCCUGGACCUGCCGACGACCAUGCUGACGCACACGUCGCUCGGGGCCAAUGCCGGGCCGCGGGACCAUACGCCCGCUUCGCCGGACUCCGCCUCGGAUGAUGCCCCCUCGGUGGAUUCGGUUGCGCCACACACCGGCCUGGAGGAGGGCUACUCGGAACGUCUGCGGCGGCUGCUGGAGCGGACCUUCCGACGGAUGUUCCUGCCACCGACUCGCGAGCAGCUGGCCUCCCCCUCAAGGCCGCUGCUGGAUCCGCCCUCGCUGUUCGCCUGGACACACAGCGGCCCGGUGCCCGGGUCGUCCUCUGGCGAGAGCUCCCCCACGGCGGACACCUCGCUGGAUGUGGUCGCCGGGCUGGACCUGGCAGGACUGCGGCUGACCAUGCCGGUCGAGGGGCCGGCCUAUCCGGCGCCGGAUCGGCUGUACUAUCGCGAGCCGAUCAUGCGGCCGCUGCUUGCGACGCCGGAUGCGCGCCUGGCCGCCGCCACGGCCGCCGCCACGGCCUCCGCCACCGACGGCGCCGGCGCCACCGACGGCGCCAGCGGCUACCAUGAUGCUGGGCAGUACUAUGACUAAAGGCUGCUGCUGCUGCUGCUGCUG